GACUUACGUUGGUGCAGUGAAUGGAACCCAUUUUAUGAAACGUACUUGUUUUGUGUUGUUGGUAGCUCGGAAUGCAUAAAUAAAUCCAACACAUGAUUUCCCUUUUUCCACCAUCUGUUCAGUAUUAAUGCAAUCUACAAUAAUUGUCUGUUGACUGUCAGAUAUUGUAGAUUCCAUUAUGAUUACAAUUCCCAUCCCAAAUCAUACUGACCUGUGUUCCGUUGCCCACACACAGCUUCAAGGCCCACAAUAAUCAGCACAAGACCACAAAGACGCCGUCAUUUUUUGGUCAUUGUCACCUUAGGCUCUGUGACAGUCACUACUAGUAAUAUGAGUAGUAUGAAACUAUGACGUACGAACGUCUUGUCAGAAGGAUUCAGUUCAGUGGAGUCGUGUAUGUCAAUGGGAAUGGGAACGAAUUGUUAUUAUUUAGUCAUAGCGUCUGUGGCUGAAUGUUGAAGUGGUCUAUAGUUUACAAAAGUAUAUUUUCAAAUUAUAAUUAAAAUUGGAUUAGGGUUUUAUUAUUUUUCUUUAAAUAAACGUAAUCUAGAAAUAAACAAUCCAGGAACGUCAUGUGUGCUCUUAUCUAUAUGUGUGUAAUUGCGGGAUGUUUCAAAACUUAUAAACAUAUUUAUUUACUGAGAUUGUAAGUUAAAUUGAAUCUUAAUUUAAACCAAAUUAAACUAAAUUAAUGUAAAUUUAUAAACUCAAUUAGCCUUUAAAAUGGCUUCUGUUAAAGUUGCUGUUAGGAUCAGACCAUUUAAUCAAAGGGAGAAAGACAUGGGUGCUAAACUUAUUAUCCAGAUGGAUGGAAAAAAGACAAGAAUCAUCAACAACAAGAGCACAGAUCAGUUCAAAGACUUCACAUUUGACCACUCGUACUGGUCAUAUGAUCAGCAGAACCCCCACUUCGCUUCUCAGGAGCAGGUGUUUGGAGACCUUGGCAAGGAUGUGGUGGAUGCAGCGUUUGAGGGUUACAAUGCUUGCGUGUUCGCCUACGGUCAAACUGGCAGUGGUAAAACUUUCACCAUGACUGGGACUCCUGACAACCAAGGAUUAAUCCCAAGAAUAUGUGAGUCACUGUUUGGUCGUAUGGCAUCAGGAGCAAGCUAUCGCACAGAGGUUAGCUACCUGGAAAUCUACAAUGAACGAGUCAAGGACUUACUGCGGGAAAAUUCAACGGGUCACAACCUACGUGUGCGGGAACACCCCCGUAGUGGCCCAUAUGUCAGUGAUCUCUCACGCCACCUUGUGUCUGAUUACUCACACAUACAGGAGCUGAUGGCUAGAGGGAACAGUGUGCGGACCACAGCCUCUACCAACAUGAAUGACACUAGUAGUCGCAGCCAUGCCAUCUUUACUCUGCAGUUUGUACAGGCUGGCUUUUCCAAUGAUAUCCCUAGUGAGACCGUGUCUAAGGUACAUCUGGUGGACUUGGCUGGCAGCGAGCGAGCUGAUGCGACGGGUGCGACAGGUCAGCGGCUGAAGGAAGGAGCCCACAUCAACAAGUCACUGGUGACAUUGGGCUCUGUGAUUUCAGCCCUGGCGGAGUUGUCGUCGCCAGAUUGUAGCCGCAAGUCUGUGUUCAUCCCAUACCGAGACUCUGUCCUCACUUGGCUACUCAAGGAUAGCUUGGGCGGUAAUUCCAAGACUAUCAUGAUUGCAGCCAUCUCACCAGCGGACUGCAACUAUAGUGAGACCCUAAGCACACUGAGGUAUGCCAACCGAGCUAAGAACAUCAUCAACAAACCAACUAUUAAUGAAGAUCCCAAUGUCAAGCUCAUCAAGGAACUGCGAGAUGAGAUCACCAAACUGCGAGGUCUACUAGGCAGUGAACUGACAGUAGAGACACCGCAGAUGCUGGCCACACUACAGAAGAAAGAGGCACAGGAGAAAGUGUUGACAGAGCGGUGGGCUGAAAAGUGGCGGGAGACACAAAAGAUAUUACAGGAGCAGAAGGCACUGGGUCUACGAAAGGCCGGGACUGGUGUAGUACUUGACUCGGACAUGCCACAUCUCGUCGGCAUAGACGACAACUUGCUGAGCACUGGUGUGACCCUCUACCAUCUCAAGGAUGGUGAGACAAUGAUAGGUACAGAUGAGGCAGAAGUGAAGCCUGACAUUAUGCUGAGUGGGGUGGAUGUGGAGAAUCAGCAUUGCAGCAUUGUGCUGAAUGGGGGCGUGGCGACUCUGAUUCCUCAACAGCAUGCUCAGUGCUGGGUCAACGGCAGCCUGGUCGACAGGCCCACACGGCUCUCACAAGGCUGCCAAAUCCUGCUGGGGAGGAAUAAUAUGUUUCGCUACAAUGACCCGGUGGAGGCUGAAAAGAUGCGUAAAGAGGGCUGUCACUCGUCACUCAACCUGUCUCGCUUGUCUCUUAUCAGUUGGUCCACCAAUGACCUCACACAGUCCUCCGAAAACCUACAGACUUCCCUAGAGGAUUCAGAAAACAAAGGAAAACUUGAAAUCCAGAGAGCAGAGCUAUUAAAGGAAAAAGAAGCAUUCAAGUUGGAACAGGCUGAAAAAGAACAAGAUUGGGAGAAAGAGCAACAAAUGAAAAGGGAAGCUCUUGAACAGGCUCAGAAACAGCUGGAGCAGGAAAGGCAGCAGAUGGAGGAGGCAUACGUUGCACAGUGCAAGCGACUGGCAGAAGAUUGGCAGCGCCUGGAGCAACACCAGGCGCACAACAUGGCUACCCUGCGCCACCGCGAAGCUGAGCUCGACAAGAACAGGCAACUGCUUCAGUAUGAGAGAGACGAGGAGAUUGCUGCUAUCUCUAUAGAGCGUAAAGCCUUGGCAGAAGUACAGAAGUGCAUUGAGUUGAAACAGACAGAAUUGAAAGAAUUUGUGGGAAGAAAAAUACAGGAAGUGUUAUUCACAAACAAUAAUUUUGUUAUACCUCAAGACAAAAUCAAACCUCUGUCUGUACUAGCAGCAGAGAAAUUCUGUGAAGGUCUAUGUUGGAUAGACUUGAAUGUACCCUCAGAUCGGAGACUAUCCACCAACUCACCACCCCUCUUCACCCCUGAUUCUCCACCCUCAUGGGCCUCUCUCACUUCUGCUCUCAAGGAAGGCAUCGUAGGAGAAAUCGUCAGUCAUCAUAAAGAAGCUAUUUCCAAACUUGAAGCUGAACUCCACUCUAGAGCCCAGACAGUUAUUAAGAGGGAGAAAAAGGUUAAAGAGCUAAACCUUAAACUCGAGGAGACUUCCCAACAAGAUUCUGAGAGCAGAGAAACAGACGUGCCAAACUCAGAAGAGCCAGUUUUGCAGCCUAGUGAGGAGGACAAGGAAGACCUGUCACGGCGGAAACAAAUGUUGAGUUUGGACCUAGUGCCAGUAAUGACAGACCACCACAGUUCUCCAGAAACAUUUCACACUGCCCCCUCCCCCUCUCCACCCGCCAUGUCUGACAGUGGAGUGGGUCUCAACCAGCGCUGGGAUGAUAGUGAUGACGUUUCCAGCAACGAUAGUUCCUGCAAACACCAGAGCUACAGACUGCGGCACCUCUACAGCAAGGUAAAUCACAAUGAGGUAAAAUCAGAUGAUGAAAACAUUUCGAAAAACAUGAAACAUUUAAUGCAGAAAAUCACAAAGCAAAGGCUGCACAUCAUACGCUCCUUAGAAUCUGACCUUGACAACAUUGAUACCAACCAGGAAAUAAGUGUUCUGCAAGACCUCAAACGGGAAUAUGUCAAGCUGGAAAAAACGUUUGAAGGACGAGGGAAGGAGAACAUUAGAAGUUCAGAAGAAUCAGAUGAUGCGUCUACAUCUGCUGAAGAAUCGAACUCUCUGUGUGGAACUGUGAAGUACGACAGCACCAAGCACAUAUCUCACAGUCACAACCCCAUCAUGUGUCUCUCCACACAGGACUUCAGCCCAAUCUGCCGCUCCUCACAAGACAUCCCUCACCAUCGUCUUCUCAGGAGUAGAAUGCAGUCUCCACUGAGUCCCAUCAUGAAUCUUUCUGUUUCUAGCCAAUAUAUGGACCAUUUACCUCCUUACAACUUCUCUAUGGCGAGGUCAAUGCCUUCACUAAACCCAUCUUAUGGCUGGGAUGAGGCAGAGGCAGGACUAACAGUGAAGGUGCCCACCUAUGUGUUGCGAGGGGCUGGCAGUUCCACACAUUAUGCCUACGAGGUGAGACUGGCAGUGAAUGGAGAGUGCUGGGCAGUUCUGCGUCGCUAUAGCCGCUUCCGUGAGCUGUACGUUCACAUGAAACAGAAAUACGGCUCGAAGGUAGCAGCUCUAACUUUCCCACCACGUCGGCUGUUUGCUCGACAAGCAGAGUGGCUUGCACAAGAACGCAGACCCCAGCUGGAACGCUAUGUACAGUCCUUGCUGCAAGUGGUGGCUGACAUACCCGGCUCCCCCCUCCACCGCGAGACAUCGAAGAGUGCCUUGCUGCAGCUGUCUCCAUUCUUCCGUCGAGGAGUGUUUGAGUCUAGCAAGUACGGCACUAGUUAACUAUCUAAAUCUUUGUCUCUCAUUUUCCUCUCUAUUUUAUUACAAAUGUUCAGAAUCUGUUGAAAGAAAAUUUUGUUUCUUAAUUUCUUUAAGCGUGUUUUUAUUUAUUUGGUUUUCUAUGGGAUUUGUGUAAUGUGUUCACAUUGAUUUUUAUAUUAUACAGAACACAUUUUUGUUUAAUUCUUCAGAAUAGUUUUUACGCUUGUUGUGUGUCAAAAGUAUUAUAAUUUUGUUUUCAUUUAAAAUAAUAUUUUCUUGCUACCUUUUACAGGAUAUUCACAUGAUACAGUAGAUGUGGGUAAUUUAGUUAUUAUUACAUGCUUGUUAUACCAAAUGAAAAUUGAAAAACCAAAUUGAGUUAAAUAUCUGUAAAUAAUAAAGUUUAAUUUUAUAUGUAAGUGAUAUUUUAUAAAAUUUUAGUAUAUGUAAAUAUAAUAUAAACUACUUUGAAGGGAUUUGAAGUAAUAAAAAUGUUUAAAGGUAAUAUUUUAAAAUAUGUUGCUCUAAACACAUAUUGUUGUAUUGUGGGGUUCUGCUUACAGAUAAACCUUUAAUCAGAUGAGUAAAAUACAAUUUUGUUCUUUAUUCUUUACAAAAUUAUAGGAAAUGUAUUAAAAUGGAUAAUAUACUGUAUGAGUUAAAACCGGAACUUGGUUUUUUCAUCUAAGUGCUAGGAGUAAAGGAAAGGUAUAUUAUAGGUUUGACUACUAUGUGUAUUAACCCUCGACCUGGCAAAUGCACAAUAUGACAAUAAAGCCGUUUAUUAUGCACUAGCACCAAUCAAAAUUUGGCAAGUCAAAUUUACUCUAGACAUUUUGGUUUAAAAACAGUCAUUUAACCAAAGAAUAAUUUUCUAAACAUAUUUUAGUUUUUAAGGAUUUUACCACUUUCUACAGAUGUAAUGAAUAUCUUUGAGGGAUCAGAUAUAGUUCUUAAUGAAUUGUUUACAAAUAACCUCAAUCUGUACAAGUAAAUAUAAAUAAUCAUAAAAUGAUUCAUUGUACCUUUAAUUAUUCCAAUAAUUAAUAUUGAUAAUAAUAAUGCUUAAUAUUGAUAUAUAUCUUUAUAUAUGACUCAUAUGUUAAUUUGGGUAAAAGUUGUUUCUUGAAAUGAAAAUCUCAUAUAGUCUUUCAUCUUAAGAUACAGGUAUAAUGCACCUAUACAUUUUGAUAGUACAAUCUUAUAAAAAAUUGUUCAACAAAUUUAGUUAGACAUUUUUAUUUAAAUUCAAAUAGGCUUAGCUAAACUUUAACUAUUGCUUGAAGUUUUCUAAAGCCAAUAUACAAUGAGUAAUAUAAUUUUUAAUCUUCAGUAAUAUGUAUAAGUUUAAUAUAAAGCGGAAGAAUUGUGAAAAAUAAGAUUACCAGUAUAGGAACGAACACUGCCAGUUCGAGGGUUUAAAAGUAGCUUAGAGUAUUUUUAAGAAAACAACUUGCAAUGUAGGGUGGUGCCUGACUAACUAUGGAAUGCGGUGCUUUGAAAAGGUCUGAACAUAAUUUUAGAAUGGUGUACAAGUUGAUACUUUUGUGACAAUAAUAUUAUAAAGGAAUUAUAUUUUUUGCCUUAAUAGUGCUUUUAAUCCUCUUAAUGUUACCUACCUGUGCCUAGAACUGGAAAGUUCUACUGUUUAGAUAUGUAUUUUGUCUUCAAGGGGUGUGUUUGUUGGACUUGUCUAAUUAUGCACUAAAAUAAAUAAUUCUGUCAUAUUUUUAUAUAAGUGUUUACCAAAGUUUAGUUUUUUUUUUAAAUUUGUUUGUGUCUUUUGUGCAAUUUUUUAUUUGUGUUAUACCGUGUAAGGGUUUAUAUUUAAGUAUAUUAAAUAUCAGUUGUAUUUUCAAGAUGUUGCAGUUUAAAAUUUUGUUUUAUUAGUUAGAAAGAUAGUGGCUGUGUUCAAAACAACAAUCAUGACAGAGUUUGAGGGAUAAAAUGAUUUUACACACCCCAUAAUGUGCACAACCUAAAAAUUAUAACUGUGAUAUAUCUUGUAAACUUGUAUAGUUAACUUUGUUAGUUUAUGCCAUUUACCUUAACUAUUAACCAAGACAUACAUUUGACGUCUUCUGAACAUGUUCCUUAUUUGCUUCAAUUUUUACUAGUUUGUCAUGUUUUGUUGUAUAUUUUUGGUUUAUAUCCAUUCAACAAAGCAUAUAACAAUUUGUAUGAGUUUAUUUUUAAGUUGAGUAAUUUGCGUAUUUUUUUACUAUUUUUCUGUUACUUAAAAGUUAAGUUCAUUGUCAAGUAUGUAACAAGGAAAUAUACACUAAUGACAUUAUUUGUCAGACUUAGUAAUAUAUAUAUAAUAAUAGUGCUUUUCAUGUAUCAAGACUUUUAUUUAUUAAGUAGGGUCAUAAGGUUAAAUGUAAUCUCAGUUUUAGUUAUUACUAUGAUAUUUUUAGUUACCUACUUUCUCAACAGACAAUAUAAAUAUAUCUUCACUAGCUAAUACAUAAUCUGAAUAUAACAGCUUUUCAAUGA